AUGUCUACUAUCCAGCAGCUUAAGAAUUUCAUCCGCCAUGGCAAGCAGGCAAGGGUAACCAACUACGAAGAACCCUCGCGGAAACAUGAAUAUUCUCCCCCGCAACCUGCGCAACAAAAAGCCAUGGGUCACGUAAGCGAGCCCGGACACACGGCCGGCAACGGUCAUCGGAACACCAUCCCUGAAGCCUACUCUGCUCAGCCCGGUGAUAUCCAGAACCCAAACCGUGUCGCACAAGCCGAUGCUGCCGCUGCCCACCAUGCCGAGGCCAAGCAGAACGUCUCCGGCACACAUUCGAAUAAGAGCAAAAGCAGAGUAGAUGAUACCCACGCCGCUAAAAUCGUACAAGAGGAAAACGAGAAUAGGAAUAAGUUUCCCAGAUAUCCCGGUCUGGAAAGGUGGGAGCUGCUUGAGAAGAUGGGGGACGGGGCGUUCAGUAAUGUCUACCGGGCAAAAGACCUCAAAGAAAAUGCUGGUGAAGUCGCCAUCAAGGUCGUCCGAAAAUAUGAAAUGAACAACAUGCAGGGCCAUAAACAUCUACAUCCGGAUUUCAAGAAAGUUCCGAAGGCAGCAGAGAGAGCAAACAUAUUAAAGGAAGUUCAAAUCAUGCGCCAGUUAGACCACCCUAAUAUCAUCAAACUGGUCGACUUUUCAGAGUCAAAGCAAUAUUACUAUAUAAUCUUGGAGCUGGCACCUGGUGGGGAGUUAUUCCACCAGAUUGUGCGACUCACCUAUUUCAGCGAAGAUCUCUCAAGACACGUUAUCGUACAGGUCGCAAACGCCCUCGAGUACCUUCACGAGGAGAAGGGCGUCGUACAUCGUGACAUCAAACCUGAAAACAUCUUAUUCAGUCCGAUACCAGUCGUUCCAUCGAAAAACCCCACGCCAAAACAACCUGGCGAUGAAGAUAAAGUGGAUGAAGGCGAAUUCGUGAAGGGAGUUGGGGCAGGGGGAAUCGGCCUGAUCAAGAUCGCUGAUUUCGGGUUAUCGAAGGUCGUAUGGGAUGACCAAACCAUGACGCCAUGUGGCACUGUUGGAUAUACAGCCCCUGAGAUAGUUAAGGAUGAGCGUUACUCCAAGUCGGUGGAUAUGUGGGCUCUCGGCUGCGUAUUAUACACAUUAUUAUGCGGCUUUCCACCAUUUUACGACGAAAGUAUCGAGGUUCUUACGGAAAAGGUUGCUAAGGGGCAAUAUACUUUCCUAUCACCAUGGUGGGAUGAAAUCUCCAAAUCUGCUCAAGAUUUAAUCACGCAUCUUCUUUGCGUCGACCCUGACGAGCGGUAUACAAUCAAGGAAUUCUUGAGCCAUCCGUGGGUGCAGGGAACCGGACCUACGCCUCGUGACGAGAAGAAGGCGAACGCAGAAAUCUUACGCGCAUUCGACGCCGGACGACUCAUCGAUGGCGAGCGCCGCAUGGACUUCAGAUCGCCCGGUGCAGUCAAUCUCCGAGAGAUUUUCGAUGUCGGAUAUUCGGUACAUCGGCAAGAAGAAGAGGCCAAGCGGAGAAAGCAGAUCGGCGUCAAGGGUGCUGCACCGUCGCGAUUGGCUGGUCUCGACGAAGAUUCGGAGGAGGAGACAUCGGACCCGGAAUAUGUGCAUAAAGCCGAGUCGCAAUCACUUGAGCAGAGCAUGCGUAAGACGCAUAUUGGUAAGGAGCGAGAACGUGGCCGACAGCAGGAACGACAAUCCGAUAGAGAACAAAAAGGAUAUGGUCAGCACAGCGCUGCCGUCGCGCAAGCCGCUCGGCAGCAGGUUCGUGAUCGAAAUAAGCAACGAGGGGCUUUCGAGCUCAAUCUAGAUGGGGCGACGUUACUUGGCAGACGAGCUGGAAAACCUGCCACCGCUAGCGUUGGCGGCUUAUAG